CGCUGUUUUAUAUAACACUUGGUUUGAAGGCUCUUAUUAGCCGUACUGCAGGAAUGGAGCCGCACAGGGACCGGGGGGUAAAGCUGGGGCAGUGACAGAUUCCCAGGCACACCAUGGGCACACAGGAGACAGAGGGCAGCCUCAUGCUGGAGUUUGCUGCACAGGCUUUUCAAGCUAAAAACUUCCAGCUGGCUUGUGAGAUCUAUGAGAGGCAGUUGGAAGAACAGGCUGCCGGGGUGGUCGAUUGGGGUCUGUUAUUGAGGAUGGCAGACUGCAUGGCAUGUGCUGGGAGACUGCAGGAUGCCUGCAACUUGUACCGGAAAGCAGCAGCCCACAACAAGGUUUGCACAGAGCAGCUGGAGACACUGGUGACCUGUCUGGCAGAGCAACUCCGGAGCCGAGAAGGGGACCAGGACCACAGCAGGAGAGUAGAGUGGCAUCAACACCACAAAAGAAGACAAGAUUGGUAUCAGAAUCACAGCAGCAGUAGACAGGCGUGUCAGGAAAACAGCAGCAGUAGAGAGGGGCAUCAAGACCACAGCAGCAGUAUAGAGGGGCAUCAGGACCACAACAGCAGGAGAGAGGGGCAUCAAGACUACAGCAGCAGUAGACAGGCGUAUCAGCAAAACAGCAGCAGUAGAGAGGGGCAUCAGGACCACAGCAGCAGUAUAGAGGGGCAUAAAGACCAUAGCAGCAGUAGAGAGGGGCAUCAGGUCCACAGCAACAGCAGACAGGAGCAUGAGUACUACAGCAACAGCAGAGAGGGGCAUCAGGUCCACAACAACAGCAGACAGGAGCAUGAGUACUACAGCAACAGCAGAGAGGGGCAUCAGGAGUACAUCAGUGGCAAACAGGGGAUUGAGGACCACAGCAAGAGUAGACAUGAGCAUCACUACCACAGCAACAGCAUAGAGGAGUACAUCAGUGACAAACAGGGGCAUCAGGGCCACAGUAGCAGUAAAGAGGGACAUCAAGAACACAAAAUCAUUAAACAUGGAUUGUUCCAAACUAUGCAGAAGUUAGACCAACAUAUAACUAAGGAGGGGCUGCCCACAACCAGCCCACCACUCCAUUUGAAGAGCAGAAACUUACAGUUAUCUCGUUGGGGCAUGAUGACCUGCAGAGACUGUCAGGGUCUUCUGUACGAGCCUGUGUCCCUGCCAUGUGGACACACUUUCUGUAAAAAGUGCCUGUUAACCAGCAAGGUGAGGGGUCAGUGCCCACUGUGCAGGGUAACCCUUGACGGAGCAGAGGAGCUGUACAGGGUCAAUGUUGUGCUGAGCAACAUCCUGAGCAAGUGCUUCCCCUGUGAGGUGCAGGCUUUAAAACUCAGGCAUGAGGGCAAUGCCCUGUUCAAAGAUAACAAGUUACAAGAAGCCUUGGGAAAAUACAACGAGGCCAUUAGCCUAGCUCCGUAUGACCAUAUACUCUACAGCAACCGCGCACUGAUACACCUGAGUUUAAAGUCUUAUGAAUGCUCCCUGCAAGAUGCAGAAACUGCCUGCAAACUCAAACCCUACUGGUUAAAAGGACAUUUAAGAAAAGCGCAAGCACUGGUCAUCCUAGGAAAAACCGAAGACGCUUUAAGAGAAUUUCUUUUCUGCCUUGCACUGGACAUUGGGAACAAAACUGCGAAGUCUGAAGCCCAGAAGAUGCUCCUUAAACUAUUAAGUCCAGAGAACAGUGAAGGGAACCUGUCCGAUAUCCUGCAAAUGAACCUAAGCCCCUUAAGGGUAAAGGAACAUGUCCUUAGUGCUAUGGGAACAGCAUCAUCUUCCAGUUACAUGCAUAGGCUAUUUAAACUUAAUAUGGAGCAAAAGAAAAUCUUCCCUCUGUCUGAGGAAAAAGUCAAUUGCAGUAAUGUGAGGAAAAACUUGCAAACUACUGACAACAUUGCACUAGAAAUAUCCCCGUCAGAAUGCAACACCCUAAAGAGGAAACUCUCUGUAGAGGAGUCAACCCAGACAGAGAUUCCCAGCAAAAUACUAAAACAAGAUGUAAUGCCUGCAGACAGCGCAGAGAAAGACCUUGCCAUCUCCCCACAUGUGGAUCUCUCUGAUCUGGAUUGUGCUCUCUGCAUGAGGUUAUUGUAUGAACCAGUAACCACACCAUGCGGACACAUGUACUGUCUCAAGUGUCUUGAACGAUGCCUGGACCACAACCCAAAGUGCCCACUGUGCAAGGAAGACCUGUCUGAGUAUCUCGCUGUAAGAAAAUUUAGUAAAACUGAGCUGAUGGAAGAGCUAAUAGCCAAUCACUUCCCAGAGGAGUUAAAAGAUAGAAAAUGUGUUUUUGAAGAAGAAAUAGCGGAGCUUUCUAACUUGAAUAAAAAUGUGCCCAUAUUUGUCUGCACAAUGGCAUAUCCGACUGUCCCUUGUCCUCUGCAUAUAUUUGAACCCUGUUACCGUUUGAUGAUUAGAAGAUGCAUGGAGACUGGCACAAAACAGUUUGGGAUGUGCAUUGGAGACAGCUUGAAAGGAUUCGCUGAUUAUGGCUGCCUGCUUGAGAUCCGAAAUGUGGAGUUUUUUGCAGAUGGACGCUCGGUUGUAGAUAGCAUUGGAAGAAGGAGAUUUAAAGUGUUACAGCACAGUCAGAGAGAUGGUUAUAAUACAGCUGAUAUUGAAUAUAUUGAGGAUCAGAAGGUACAAGGAGAUGAUUACGUGGAAUUAGUCAAGCUGCACAAUGCUGUAUAUGAUCAGGCGUAUACCUGGUUUAACUCUCUAAAACCAGCACUGAAAAGUAGGAUUUUAAGUCAUUUUGGAUCUAUGCCUGCUAAGGAUUCUGAUUUGCAGGUAAACCCUAAUGGUCCAUCGUGGUGCUGGUGGAUUCUUGCUGUUCUUCCUCUUGAAAGUAGAGCACAGCUUCCUUUUCUUGCCAUGACGUCACUGAAAGACAGAUUAACUGGCAUCAGACGUGUUCUUCUUUUUAUGUGCCGCAGUCGCCCUCGAUAAUGUCACUGUAAACCCUGCAUUGUGAGAGUUCUAUUUUACUCGCCUCUGGCUCACUACAAAUGGACUUACCGAAAACACUUUUGUAUCUCAAGAUCAAACAAAAUUCCAUCAGCCUUUUGUAUUAAUUUAUGCAGCAUGACUAUAUUUUUAAACAACAUUUUUUGCUAUACAGAUUAAAGAUUUUUUUUUUCAUUGUUGUAAAUAAUUGUGAUUAUAUAUUCCCUCAUAUUUAUUAUUAUUUUUUUCGCCAUCAUCUUCUACGUGAAUUACUUUAUGUGACUUGAAAGAACAAGUUAGGUGCUGUAUUUAUUUUUUAUGCUGCAAGUACUGAUUUUUAAGUACCAACUUAUGAAACGCAUCACUGGUAUUGAUGUACGCUGCUGUUUCAACGAAGCUUGCAACUUAUCUAUAUGAUGCAAUUCAACCAUCUCAGACAUGCAAUGAUUUACUAAUGAAUGUUUCAGAACUCAUUUUGCAGAAAAUCGUACAGUAGAAGAACCUAUAAUAGGGCACAAACUAAAACCAAUUCAGUUUAAUUUAUUUAUUUAAUUGCACUAAUUGUUUUUUUUAUUAAUUGUUGACAUACACACUUUCAGCUUCAUUUGUAUUAACUGGUAAUAUCGGCAUUAUAAAUUAUAGUAAUUUGGAAUUUGUACAUAACGAAAAUACCUUCUAUGCCUUCUACAGAAGAUACGCUAUUUUUGUCUCAUCUUACAUCACAUUUUUAUUAAGAAACAAAGUGUGUAUGUCACAUAUGAAAUAAGAAUAUAUAUAAAUAAUAAGUUUAAAAUUAAUUAUUUUCUCACAGUUAUUUUUAGAAUUGUCUUGUAAUUUGCAAUGGCAUUGUGGAUGUUUACAUGCUUUUGUGGUUUACACAUAGUUUCCUUGUUUUGAUAACAACCAUUUUUCAAGGAACAUAUUAAAGUCAAUAUUUUAUGUUGGCAUAAUAUACAUCAGCGAUUGAGCACUAUGUUGCAAACCAUAUGCAUGCAAAAUAAAUGUUUUAAAAACAUUGAAAACUAUUGUUUUGCUUGCAAAAUCUGCAGAGCAGUCCAGGUAUUGACCCAUUAAAAGCCUUCUUGAGGGUGUUUAUGUGUGUGUAAAAUAUAGCUGGGUAAGGCAAACUGCAGCAUACUUACUAGGCACUGCUGGCUCCCUGGGGGAGUGGAAAAGCAGAGAUAAUCUACAAGUUUACAAGAAAAGAAGCAAAUAAUGAAUAUAUGCUGCAUUGCAUUAAUUACUGUGCUUACUUAUUUUAUAGGGAUUUCACGCUGAGUUUAAAAUCCUCUUUAUCUGAAAACACAAAUAUAUAUGAGAGUAAAUGUAUGCAAUGAACAUUACUAAAUAAUAAUUUGGCUAGAUUCAUUUGUAAUGCAGAAAUGUUCUGUAUCUUCAGUAAUGUCAAAACAAACAGUAAGAUUUUUUGUUUUGUUUCUGGAGUGUAACUUUAAUUUAUUUUUAUUUUUUUAAUAGUAGUAGGUUGGUCUAUAACACUAGUGUAAUACAUCGGCUAGCGGCCGAUUGGUCGUGAAUCUGCAGGGGGCGGCAUUGCACCAGCAGUUCUCAAGAAAUGCUUGCGCAAUGAUAAAUGCCGACAGCGUAUGCUGUCGGCAUUUAUCGAUGUGCGGCGGACAUGAUACGCUACAUCGUAUCGUCCAUCUGCGCUUUAAUAAAUCAGCCUCAUAGAAUGAUAACGAUGAGAACUGACUGGUCCACCACAAAUCUUUAAUAUCAAUGUCAAUGAAAAAGAUUGUAUUUAUAUAUUUUAAAUUUGAUUCAUGUGAUAUUGGAACCAUUAACUAUAAAUCACAAGAUUUGUGGAUAAGCAGCAAAUACUGUUUUUACAUAAUGAUCAGUCAUAUAUUGCACUGAGGUCAUAGCUGAGAGCUAUCAUUCAUUUAAUCAGACUGUAGCCUGUCAAAUCCCAACCUAUGAACAAUAAGGCAUAUUGCCCUUUAGCUUUAGAAGCUAAAGGUGUAACUUAAAACUUUAAUUCAUAAAUUAACACAAAUUCCCUUUAAAAUAAAUAAUAAUAUAAUAUGAAUUAAUAUGUGUGUUUUUUUAAAUGUUUCACUUUCAUAAGUAAUGAUUUACAUAAGCUGCAUUAUGUUUCAGAAAAAAAACACCAUUAGCAACUGUUUAACUGGUUUGUAUUUUAAAAAUGUCCUUGAGCACUGAGAUUCCAUAAAUAUUUGCUUCCAUUAUGUACCAGCAAGAAAAAGCAUUCAGUCUCAUGUAAAGCUCAAACGAAAACCUUACUGAUACUGAUUGAUUUACCAAAUGUGGAAUGUUGCUUUGUUUAGGUUUACUUAAACUAUACCAGACAAUUCAGCAGGUUUACAUCUUGCUCAGAUGUUUUGUAAUAAGAGUUCUACACUUUACAUGACUGAUUUUAGUAGAAAGAUAUAUGGGCUGCAGAAUUUCUAUUCAUUUUGACAAAGAACAAAGUGAUGUCCACAGUAACAUUCUUCUCUGUGCAUUCCAUAAACCAGUGAUUUUACAAAUAAUUUUAUACUUGUUUGCAGUACAUCAUAUUAUAAAAAUGUAGGUUAAAAAGUAUGCAAAUUGCCCUUUUUAUAAAUAGAUUAAAUGUAAAGUUGAUCACAAAAUAUUAUUGAAAGGAGAUUUUUGAAAGAUGUGUAUUUUUACUGUUAGACUUGACAAGCACAAAACUAGCCCAUUUCUAAUAUCUGAACAUAUUUAUAUAUUUAUACUAACAUACACUUCUGUCCUAUGUUUAUACUGAUGCCCUUAACAUGUGUGGUACAAAAUAUUAUGAGAGCAUUUUCCUCCAAAAAUAUUAUAUGCAAACUGCUGCACUAAACAGUAAAUAUCAUGCAUUUUCCACCCAUUAGGAAGUGUGGCAUAAAUGUGCAUUAUUCAAUCACCAGUGAACCCAACUUGAGUAGCAUAGGUAAAUGUGAGAUGCAAAACUUUCACUAGAAAUGUAACCCCUUAUAGGUUUAUUUAAAAAGAAAGUGAUCUAUUGGAAUAGAGGAAUUUAUCACCUGUCCCUUUAAUAUAAAAAGUAGGCAGCCUUGAACUACUUGCUUUUUAAUUAACUAAGACAAUAUAUCAUAUCUGCAAUUCUUUGAGUCGGAUGAUAGAUUUAACAGGGUAGAAUCCACUAAAACUAAUAAUUGUGGUUUUUUUUUUUCAUUAUUGAUACAUUUUCUAAUUAUAAAAAGAACGUUUUAAGGUAUAUACAGUAAGUGUUUACUACCUGUUUUGUCUGUUAUAAACUUAUUGUGAAUAAUUAUUCCUCACAGUGCUAAGAUAAGUAUAGAAAGAAGCAUUUCAUACCUUCCUGCUCCUAGAAAAUAAUCCAUAAUAACAAUACAGUACAUAGCAAAAAUAUCAAAAUAUGUUACAACAGUCGUGAAUUGAAAUACACACAGGCACCCUCUAUAAACAGCUGUACUGUCUGUCAUAGACACACUUGCAAACUAAUACACUACUUGUCCUGUGGGCGGCGUCUGAACAUAUUCAUUAAAUAUUAUUUCAUUGACAUGCACUCAUUGUUUUAUGUCAUACAAAGGAGACCCUGCUAUGUCUUUUAAUUGACUAAACAAAAGCAACUUGCGACAAGUUCAAAUUGUAAAACUUUGGUUGAAAUAGUACAAUACAUAUAAUAACUUUACAUAAUGUAUAUAUCUGACUAGACUUUAAAGAUGAUAUAAUUUAUAUUAUUUAUGUUUUACUUCAAUAAGGACAUUUGAUACUUGUGUUAUUUAUACAUUACAUGGCUUAUUGUAGUGUAUUUCUGCAGUGCCUUUAUGAGCCCUUUAUAAAGUCACAAACCACGUGUUUCAUUUCUUAAUUGCAUUUUUUAAUAUUAUAUUUUGUAGCAAAAUAUUAAGGAAUUAAUAUUAUUCAGCUGUACUUAUAUAAAAUAGAUAUCAGAUUAUGUUUAAUGAAGUUGCAGUGCAGAUUUUUCUACCUCAUUGUUUGUGUCAUGCAUUUGCUUCUUUAUAUCUCUCUCAAGACUAUAGUUUUAUUGUGUUUAUAUAGCUAUUAUUGUUUUGUUUAAAUAAUCAUGUUUGUUAUUGUGUUUGCUAAUUAAAUUAUUUCUGUCCUAA